CAGACGCCGAGGAGCCCGACUCUUCCUGCGCCAGAUAGGCAGACGCAGAACUGACGCCGCGGCGCGAGUACUGCACGGGUCGAGGUGAUCAGCGCUGCGCUGCCGAAGGCACACGCGCGACGCACCGUGCGCGAGGGCGUGGAAUGCGCCGAGACGGCGGAUGCGGCUGCAAGCACGGCUGUCAGCUGUCGUCGCCAUCGGACACGUCUGCCGGCGAGCUCACUGCUCAACUUGAUCGUGCCGCUGCGGCGCGCCGACGCCGUCAGAGGCGGCAGCAGAGACUUCUGCAAGUGCAAGGUCAGCGCUGCACCAGUGCGCCCUCGAGCAUGGCACGCACCGCCGAGCGCUGCGUGGCGCCGGCCAGCGGACUCGCUUCGCCCACAUCCGCCAGCUGGCUCUGCUCGCCAGCGUCAGCAACUCGUGCGGCUGGCUGUGGCGCGCGGGGCACACACCUGCAGCGUCUCGUCGAGCGGGUCGGAGGACAGAGGCAGGCGGCGGCGCUGCUGGUCCGGCGGCAGAUUACGCUGGCUGGCGCGCUGCUUCUUGUCCAAGUCCUGCUGCAGCUGAUGGAGGCGCGAGAGGCGUCAGCGGCGGCGAGGGAUGCGCAUCAUCGAGCAGCGCGCACGCGGCUCAGCUUCUCCUCGAUGACUUUGCGGUCGCCGUGCAGCUGCGAGGGCGUCAACACACGCAGACAGCAAGAGUUGCUCUCCUCGCCGCACCUUCUUGAUCUCGUUGUCCUUCUUCGCCUGCUCCCUCGUGAAGCCCUCCAUGAUCUGACUCUGCGCCAGGGACAUCAGCGGUCGUCUGAGGAUCCAGCGGCGAGAGCCGCUCUCACCUUGUGCAUGCGCAAGAGGGCGAACUCCUGCUUCGUCUGGGUAGGUCUGCAUCAGCCUAUGGUCAUCACGCCCGGUCGCUCUCCACGCACCAUGUUACUGUCGGCGAAGCGCUCCAGCAUCGUGCCUUCGCGCUCGAUGGCGGCGGCGCCGAGACGGAGCUCCUCGUCGCGCUCCUCGCUGCGCAGCCGCAGCUCGCUCAGCGUGCGCUCGUGCUCCUUCUCGACGCGCUUGCGCUCCACCUCGGCCUCGUCAUUGUGCUCCGUCCAGUUGGCCUCGCGCUGGCGAGCAUCUUCGAGGCUCCCUAUUUGUAGCCGCCACCUCGUUGCUCUUCUCGGACAGGUCCGCAAGCUUGGCCGCCAUCGCCUGGCACUCCGCCUCCGCCUUACGAGCCUUCUCGGCCGCCUCGGUCGCCUGCGCCUGCAUGCUCUCGCCGUGCGCCUGAGCCUUCUCCAACGCCAGCUGCAGCUCGCGCAGCUUGUUCUCCGCCUUGGCUUCGCGCUCACGCAGCGCCUCGAGCUGGCGGCCGCCGUCGGUGCUCGAGUCUCGAAGGCCGGCACACUGCUUCUGCACGUCCUCGAGCGCCUGGCGUGUGGUGUCGAGCUCGUGGCGUAGCGCGCGGCGCUGCUCUUCGCCGAGACGCUGGUCGUUGCGCAGCUCCGUCACCUGUGCCGUCUCCCUGUCGAGUGCCUGGCGCAGACGCUGCCAUCGAGUGCGCGGCCUUGGCGCGCUUCAGCUCUGCGUCAAACUCCUGUGAAGAUGCUGUGAGCCAGGCAAUUACUCAAGCGACGACGUGCACGCACAUUGAUCUUUGCCAGACGCUCCUUUGCG